AUGAGUGCCUCCUCGGACGAAGAGGAGGCGAGACCCGGCAGAGGAAAGCUUCUUCAGCGGCAGAAGCGCGAGCUGAAGGCUCUCUUGGAGCAGAAGCGCUUGGAAGCCGGUAAGCUGACAAGCUUCGCGAAAGCCAAGAGGGAGCACAAGAAGAUCGAAGCGCGUCAGGAGAAGCGGGACCUGGAGGAGAAGUUCCGGGUGCUGGAGGAGGAGUUGAAAGCCAGGCACGAGACGGAGCUCAAAGAGCUGGGACCCUCCGGGGACGCUGACGAGCCAGAGGCCGACUCCUUGCCGGUGCGGGACCAGGAUGGCCGCGACAGCUCGGAAACUGAAGCAGGCACAAGAAGGGCCCGAAUACAAAAGAAGAAGGACAUGCUCGCAGAGAUCGAGAAGGAGCUGCGGGAAGCGGGCACUUGUGGUCGGCGAGAAGCCAGCAAGAGCCGGAGCGGCAGUCGCGGCAGAGAGGACAAGCUGGUUCCGGCCGCGGCACCGCAACGAGUCCGGAUUCAGUCCUUCGAGGAGAUCCUGGCAGCUGUGCGCUCCGGCGCCAUGCCCUCCAUGAUGCCCGCCAGGGCCGGUUCCGCGUUGCAGCCGCAGACCGCAGGCGGCUUCAUGCUGCCAGCACGCUCACUCUACGACUCCGGCUACAAGGGCCAAAUGUUCGGGCCUUCCGGUGAAGAUUGCCCACAAGCACGUCCGGAGAUGCUCGAGCGGGCAAAGGAGGAAGCCAAGAUGGCAGAGGAGCAAGGCAAGCGAGCCGCCAAAAAAGGCGCUUCCAUCCCGACAGGGCCACCAGGACUUCCAACGGGCGUGGUGGUCGUUGAGCAGAAGUACGUGGAUUUCCUACUUGGCCCGGGAGGGCAAUCCCUGGCGGCGAUCAACCACGCAGCCGGGGUCAAUGUGAAUCUGGAUCAGACGCACAAGUUCUCGGGCUAUAGCAUUGCCAACAUCUACGGGCCCGAGGACAGGGUGCGCAAUGCCAAAUUGGCGAUUGACUUCAAGCUCUCCCAGUGGCUUCCACUUCAUGAGCGACGGAGAACAGGAGGUGCGGUCAACAGCCAGUCGAACCAGGUUCCUGCACCACUUGGGGGACGGGAGCCUUCCGCUGGCACCUGGAGAUCAGGGAGCCAGGGCCAGGUCACGGCAUCAGGCAGUGCCGGCACGUGGUCCAAAGAUGGCGAUCAGGCAGUUGAGGCACCGGGAGAUGCUUCCAGCCAGGCCUUCGAGGAGUAUUACAAGAUACAGCAGAUCGUUGCGGAGGAUUCCUGGCAUGAGUUUCUGGAGACCCUCAGACGGCCCAUGCCAGUGGUGGUCCGCAUCAACCGCACAAAGCCUCACUGGAAGGACUUGCAUGAGGCAUUCGCCCGCGAUCUGCGGUGGCUGCCUUUGAACUGGUUUCCGCACGCGUGGCAAUGCGAGGCCCAGGACUACGAUGAUGCUUUGCGCAGCCAGUGUUCCAGCCUCAACAAGGCCUACUCCCUCCGUUUCCAGGAGAGCGCCUCCUUGCUGCCGCCCCUGCUCCUGAAGAUCCAGCCUGGGGAUUUGGUCCUGGACCUCUGCGCCGCACCAGGCAGCAAGACCUUGGAGUGCAUCGAGCUGAUGCGCGAAGCAGAGACCACAGAAGAUGCCGGAGUUAUCAUUGCGAAUGACGCAGAUGCGGAGCGAUGCUUCGAGCUGUUGCCGCUCGUAGUGCGAAAGGCACGGCACCCUGGCUGCGCCGUGGUACUCGGUAGCGCCGCAAAAUACCCCGCACAGUUCCAUGGCCCCGCCGAGCAGCUCCUGUAUGAUCGCGUCCUUUGUGAUGUGCCCUGCUCCGGGGAUGGAACACUGCGGAAGCGGCCGCAGUGUUGGAAGACCUGGUCAGUCGAGUUCGCCAUGACUCUCCACAGCAAGCAGCUUCAGAUUUUAUGCCGUGGCCUGCAUCUUCUCAAGCCUGGCGGCCGCCUGGUCUACUCCACCUGCAGCCUGAACCCUCUGGAGAACGAGGCCGUCAUCUCCGCUGCACUGGCCCGCUUUGGUGAGGAUGUGGUGCUCGUCUCCGAUGCUGCGGCGGAACCUGUGGCAGCUGGGCUCCGAGUCGCGAAGGCGCUUAAGGCCUGGCGGGUGCCUCCCCCAGAAGGCGAAGGAGCCUAUUACCAUCGCUGGGAAGAGGUUCCCAUCGCACAGCGCAAGCCCAAGGGCCCGAUUUGCCAAAGCAUGUUCCCUUCCGAGCUUUCCGAAAGGGCAGGCGAGAAGUGCAUCCGCUUGAAUCCGCAUGAGAUCGAUGGCUCUGGCUUUUUCGUGGCCGUCUUCACGAAGACGCUCCACCGGGCGUUUCCCUUGGAAAUCCCGCGACAGCCCAGCUUGGGUUCACAGAUCCCUUGGAGAGCAAGGAACCAGAACAACCGCUAUGUCCUCGUCUCGCCAGAAAGCCCAGACGUCCGGUCCAUUGUGGAUUUCUACGGCUUGCAGAACGUGCCGGAGCCGCUGCUAGCUGAGUACAACACGAAGGCGAAGCUCACACAGCUGAAUCUGGUGAACUCUAGCCUCCUGCGGCUUCUCCAGAGCCAUCUGAACUGCAAGGGCUCGCCUCUGCUGGUUGCAGUGGGGAUCCCUCUCUUCAAGCUCUUGGACGAGAAUUUCAUGACCAACAUCAGCGUGCAAUCGCGGUGGAGGCCUGCUCUCGAAGGCGCCUCUCUCUUGGCAGAGAGGAUGACGAAACGCCGCCUCUUGCUUGCGGCUGAGCCCAUGAGGCAACUGCUCGCGACGAGGCUCUUGCCCAUGGAGUCCCUCGAAGUGCUCGCGACGAGAGGCGACCUCGAAGGUCUGAAGAGCUGCGAGGAGAAGCUCGGGGCUGCCUUGGUGGGCGCCUUGGACGGCUCCUUCUGGGCUCCUUGCAUCAUCACAGGCAGAGGCCUGGAGCUCUACGCCAGCACCGUGGAGCUUGGCGAUCCAAAACCCACUUUGCUCCCUACAAAGAUGCCAGAAGUGCUGUGCCAGCGACCUGGGUACCUUAUCUUGGAUAAGCCCAGUGGCCUUCGUACGGAGGAUGCGCUCCGCUUUGCCCAGGAGCUCAGCUCAGCCGCUGCUCAACUCGUGUCUCGACUGGACAAGGAGACCAGUGGCUGCCUGCUGAUUCCCUUGACCGACAGCUCUGCGAAGCUCUUCACGGAGCAGUUCGCGGCAGCGCAGGUGAAGAAGUGCUACGUGGCCUUGGUGCUCGGCGAGCCGCCUUUGGAAGGCGACGUCUGCGCCCCGCUGAGCCUCUUGGAGGCCGGGGGAGGCAGCCGCUACAAGGCCUUCGUGGACGCCGAGGGCAAGGCGGCCUCCAGCUCCUACGAGCUGCUCUGGCACUCCAAAGCCCGAGGCUGCUCGCUGCUUCUCGUGUACCCGAAGACCGGCAGGACGCAUCAGAUUCGUUGCCACAUGGCGCACAUUGGUCAUGCUUUGGUCGGGGACGCGAAGUACGGUGCCCCCGUGUCGGCCUGGUGCCAACGUCUCCCGCUGCACUGCUUGGCCAUCCGCUGCCUGGGCCCACAAGGCGAGGGCACCGUGAGUGCCUUUGCUCCGCUGCCUUCGGACUUUCAGCAGAUCCUCGCCUCCCUCGACGACAAGACAGACUGGCAGCGCCUGGUCCGCGAGCGGUGCCUUAAGACUUGA